UCUCCGUCUCCACCACUCCGCUUCGCCCCCCGUAAAAACCAGAAAUUACAAUCCAGUCCUCCGCGGCGGCAGCCACCCCCCAAAUCUGAAACCCUCGUCGCGGUUCCGCAAUUUCGCGCUCCAAUCGAUCGAUCUAACCAUUCCCCCCCACGGAUCGGAUCGGAUCGGCGAAGAGGAGGGGGUCUGUGCCGCCGCCGAGAUGGGCAUCUCGAGCAUGCCGGCGCCCAAGGACAGCCUCGUGGCGUACCUGCUGUACAACACGGCGGUGUCGAUCGCCAUCCUGGCCGACAUGGUGCGGGCCGCGCUGGUGUUCCUCGGCCUCCCCGUGCCGCCGGCGUGGGAGGACGGCGACGACCAGCUCGCGGCGAUCGCGGCCGCGGCCGCCGCGGCCGCGGCGGCGGCGGGGGGCCCGAGCCUGGCGGACAGGUUCCGGAGCAGGUUCAGGCCAGCGAGGUUCGGGCGGCGGCGGGCUGGGUCGGCGCCCGACUGCCGCGUCUGCCUGGCGCGGUUCGAGCCGGAGUCGGUGGUGAACCGCCUCCCCUGCGGCCACCUCUUCCACCGCGCCUGCCUCGAGAAGUGGCUCGACUACGACCACGCCACCUGCCCGCUCUGCCGCCACCGCCUCCUCCCCGCCGCCAACGAAGCACCCUCGCCGUCGCCGUCUCCGGCCACCCUCCAUUUCGCCCGGAUUUAGAGAGAUCUCCCUUCUCUUCACCGCUUCCGCCACUGGGCCAGCUUGGGGUGGCCUUGCCGUGUGCGCGUAGGAAAUUAAGAGAGGCUCAUUUAGCUCUAGUGCUAGCUCCAUUUAGUGCUCUUUUUUUCCCUUCAUUUCCUAAUUUUUUUUCACAUCUUUCUCAUGUUUUUACCAUUUCCGAGUGGCCUUUUUUUUUUCCUUCUUUCUCGUGUUGUUGUACCGUGUAAAUAUUUGCAGAGUGCUCCGAUCGAUGGAGGUGUAGCACUUCUGUGUACAGGCUUUUGGAAAGCGAAGAAGAGAUGAUUAUGAGAACGAAAAAAAAAAAGAAAAAUCAUUGCCCAAAAAAAGCUCCUCUCCUUUUGCCUUUUCUUCCUCUUUAAAUACCUUCUUACACCAAAACAAAUACAAACAAAAAAAACAUGAAACAAUAACAAGUAAUACACAAAAACAGCACAAUUUUGUUUAUUGAAUUUCUGAAGAAGAGGAAGAGGGAGGAAUGUUCUAGUGGCGUGAAGGGAUGGACGAUAUUUUGGGGGAGGGUAUCUCUAGAGAGCCUCAUGAGCCAAAAUAAAAAGAGAACUUUUGUGAGGAGGAAGCGGCUCCGUUGUUUGUUGUUUUACGUGGCGAGUCACAUGGGGGGACGACGGCGACGGCGACGUGCUUGUCACCGGUGGGCGCCCACACGGCGUUGUCCGCAUCGCCGGGGUGGUGGAGGUGGUGGGAGCGGCGGCCAACCUCGCCAUUAACUCCGUGCGUGGCUCGUUGCAAAUGCGUGUGUCUGCCUGUCGAUCGCCAUGGUUGGAUGGGACGAUCAGGGCUCGGCUGGUUGUGUGUUCAUCUCAUCUUCGGCUGGAGUGGCUGGCCGGAUGGCCCAGGUGAGGCCGGCCGGUCCAGUGGCAGCACGACACACACAAAGGCAGGAA